GGAAGUGGCGCGGUCUUCGCGUGCGUGAGGGCGGUGCGUCGGGCUGCAGGAGAAGAUGGCGGUCUCCACAGGAGUUAAAGUUCCUCGUAAUUUUCGCUUGUUGGAAGAACUUGAAGAAGGACAAAAAGGAGUAGGCGAUGGUACGGUUAGCUGGGGCCUUGAAGAUGACGAAGACAUGACACUUACAAGGUGGACAGGCAUGAUUAUUGGGCCACCAAGGACAAAUUAUGAAAACAGAAUAUAUAGCCUGAAAAUAGAAUGCGGACCUAAAUACCCAGAAGCUCCUCCAUCAGUUAGAUUUGUAACCAAAAUUAAUAUGAAUGGAAUAAAUAAUUCCAGUGGAAUGGUGGAUGCACGGAGCAUACCAGUGUUAGCAAAAUGGCAAAAUUCAUAUAGCAUUAAAGUUGUACUUCAGGAGCUAAGACGUCUAAUGAUGUCCAAAGAAAAUAUGAAGCUGCCACAGCCACCAGAAGGACAAACAUACAACAAUUAAUUUUAGUGGAUCUGAAACUUGUCUUAAAUCAACAACCUUCUACUCAUGUUAAUGUCUUGAUCAAAUAUCACGAUGCAAAAUACCCACACAUGAAGAUAAUUCCAGCUGGUGAACAUGACCUGGACAUUUGUAAGACUAUAUUUAAUAUAUGUACACCCAGUAUGUUUUCGGGUAGCAGGAGGAAUAUGCAGCACAUUUUUCUUUCUUGCUAAGGCACUGUCAUUUAAGCCUAACCUGGAGUACUCAAAACAGAGCUCAGGUUUACACGUGAAAGCAUGGCAAGAAGUGUCAGAGGGCUGUGGAAGCAGGUGUGUUUCUGAAAAGGAGAAAAUCUCAAGAGGGAAGAACUGAAGGGGCGUGCUGUGUCCAUCUUGCUUAGUGAAAGAGCUUCGGUUGAAAUUGUCUAAAGUAGCAGGUACAAUGAAUAUUGUCACAAAAUGUGUUAAUUUUUGAAGCGGUAUGGGUGCUGACUACUAGUAGUAUCAAAAAUAUGUUCAGGAUUGUUUUGAUACCUGUAUUUAUAAUAAAAAAUGUCGUGGGGGAAGUGGCUGAACUUCUGUUACAAGCUGUUCCUGUGUGUUCCAUGUAACAGACGUGGUAAAUAUUUGUUUACAGUCUUUGUUGGACAAACCAUGCAUUUAUGUUUAAGUGAAAUCAACAAAAAGGAAAUAGGUGUAUGGAUAUGUGAUUUUGAGAUUAAAGUUAGUCUUAAAUUGUAAAUAAAAUGUGGAACGUGUCCUCAGAAA